UAAAAGUGGAUUUUCAAAUGAGCUAACUCAAUAUUUUAAAAUCCAAAUAAUUUUAUUUUUAGUAAAUAUUUAACCAAAAAAUAAACAUUAUCUUUUAACUUCAGAUCAUUUUUAAUACCAAGAAAUUCCCAAUGUUUUUUAAUCAUUAAUGUAUUCUCAGUUAAAUUGUAAAUAUUAUCAUGCAUAAGUCAAUGUCAAAAUCUGAAGUUCGAUGUGCGAGUUUAUUGAAUAAUGUAUUGGAUGAAAAUAUAAAUAUAAACGAAAUAUUAGAAAAAAUCAAAUCUACAGAACAAAUUAAUGUACGUCCUGGAGUUGGCAAAAUAGAGUUUACCAUCUAUUUAAUUGAUUUUAUUCAUAAUAAAACUAUGCCUCUUUUAAAUCCACCUGAUGACAAUACUCUUACUUCAAAUAAUAUAUUUAAUGUACCAGAAGUUGAUUCCCCAACUGAUAUUAGGAUGUUUCCUAAAACAUCUACUCCGAAAAAAAAUAAUUCUAAACAUGACAAGAAAACAGUUCAAAUCCAUACUAUAACACUAAAAGCAACUAAAGUCAAAAUGUUAGAUGUAUCUAUAAAAAAUCAAAAGUGCUUAGAUUUAUUGGCAUACUUGUAUUCUGCUAUUUUAGAAUCUGAUUUACUAUGUAAUUUAUAUCACGAGCUAGAGUUUGUUUUUACAGUUCUCACGUUUUCUAAUUUAGAAAAAAAAACAAGUUUUGAGAAUUUAGACUCUAGCACUAUUAUGUAUUUUAAAUCAAUAGAAGACUGUCAAUAUUUUGCUUCCAAAACUAUUCAAAAUUUAUCUUCAACUAUAUCAUACUUAGAGAAGCCAUUGGUGAAUGUAAUUGUUAAACUUAAAGUUAUCAAUACUUAUGUUCCAGAGCUUUCCAAAAUUCUAGAGAGUAAUUUGAAUUCUACGAUUGUAAAUGAUGAUGUUAAAUCAUUAAACUCUAGUAUCUCUAAAAGUAUGGUAAAAUUUGAUGAAGAACAUGAUACCAAAGACUGCUUUCCAACUUUAAAAAUGUUUCAUGCAUUUAAAACACAACGUGAUGCAUUUUAUGAACUUCUUGAAAGUUGGAAGCAAACUGAUAAUCAAAUCCAAUUAAAUCCAAACAAAGUUACUCAUAUUCAUAAAAUGUUAAGCGAACACAAUAGUACAGUAAAUAUGAGCAAAUUUACUAGACUUUUUGUCACACAGUUAAUUAACUCUUCAUUUGAAGAAUCAAAGAAUGUUUAUAAAAGUAAAACACUGCAGGAUCUUUCUGCUUCAAAGCUAGAGUUACUGCAUCAACGUAUUACAAAACGUGAUUAUACUAGUGGAAGUAAUAUAAACCCUUCAAAUGAAUUUACUGGUGUGCAAUUGUUUUUUCGAGAAUUUGUAACUUUAUCUUUAGUGAAUGGAAUAUUUUGUAAACACCUAAUUGAUACUUUGGUACAUAGAAUUGAUGUUAUUAAUUCAAUGGAGUGGGCAUCUGAGUUACAAGAAGGUGGAAUAUAUCAUCAAACAUUUUUUACAUAUCUUGAUACAUUAAGAUUAUUAGCGAAAUUUCUUGCAUUUACAUUGUACUACCCUUAUAAAGAUUGUAACAUGAUAAAUCCUGCUUUAAAAGAAUACCUUUGGGAUGUUCGAUCUAAGGUGACACCUCCAUUGAAUAUUUUAUCUAAAUUACGUGAUGCUGUUAAGCGAGGGAAUGGACAAAUUAUUUUAACAGUUUUUUGGGUCAUUGAGUACUUGUAUCAAGUUGAUAAAAUUUCAAUUACAACUCAAUUUUAUAAAAGUGUUUUGACAUGGCUUUACUCAUUUUGCUUAAAUGUUCCUCCAAUAACUGCAUCUGCUCUUAUGUUGAAACUACAAAUCAACUCAUUAUUUGAGUAUAUAAAUGUUGUACCACAUACUUUGCUUGAUGAAGUUAAUAAAACCCGAGAUAAAUGUGUCGUUGAGAAUAUUAGAAGUGCAUUAAAAAAUGGUCCAAUUGUUAAUACAAAGCAAUUGUAUCACUAUUGUCCGCAACUAAACAACUUUCGAGCAAUAUUAGAAAAUAAAAAUAACAAUAAAAAACAAAAAUUUGUAUCACCCACUCUCAGAUCUACCAAUCGAAAAGAUAUUAAACAAAAACAUCUUAUUGAGUUGGAGUUGGAAUCUCAUUUUUUCGAAAAUCACUCCCCUUCAGUACUAACAACUGUAGAUUUUGUUGCUAAGCGGAUGGCUUCAUCAUGUACUAAAAAAAUUCAAAGUAAAGGUGUAGCGGCUGUAAAAAAUCACUUUGUUAAUACUGUUUGUGAAAAACUAAAAAGUUAUCUAAGUGGAGAUAUUGAGGCAGAUUUCAAAAUCGAUGAAAAUGAUGUUACUAAAACUAGCAUGUUUCUGAAUACACUAAUUCAAAAAUAUAUUGAUGACUUUGCCAAAAAUAAUAUACCUAUUUCUUUAAAACAAUUAUUAGAUUCAAAUAUUUUAAAUCCACAUUCUCUAUCAUUUUGUACAGCUGUAGCAGUAAGAAAGUUAAAAAUUUUAGUUUCUGAAUGGGUGAAAAAUCAUAUUAAUAUAAAAAAUAUACUCAUUGACUAUAUAAGUACAGAACUUAAACAUAAUUUAAAAGUUGGUGACAUUAAUCAAGAUGGAAGUAAUUUAUAUGAAAUAUUACUGCCUAAUCAAACUAUUGAUAUAGAUAAAGACAUGUUUAUUCCAGAAAAUGAACUUUUAGUAGAUUUAAAUAUAUUUAGUUUAAAAAUUAUUGAAGCUGAAGGGUAUCAGUUAACAUCAGAAGAUUUAUCUAAUUAUUCAGAAAAAUUUAAAAUAAUUAUUGAGAAUAAAAAAAAUAUUGACCCUGCAGUAUUCCGUUUUAUUAUUACUAGAUUGAUAGACAAUGUGCUAUUAGCAACUUAUCAUUCACCUAAACUAAUAAAUACUGAUGUCAUAAAAGCUUAUCACCAAUAUUUCAAUGAAAAGCUUUUUGAAGUUUCAUUAAUACUUUGUGAAAGAAAUAUUAAUUUACUAUCUCACAAGUCAAACUCAGUAAAAGCUCUCAUAGCUGAUAAAAUAACAGAAUGGAUUAAAUAUUUUAUAGAAAAUAGUUAUCUUACUAUUGAUGAUUUGACAAACCAAAUAAUGUCAAUAUUGAGAAUAUCUUGGCCAGAAGAUACUUUAAAAUGUCUUUCAGUUUGUUUUAAAGACUUAAAUAGCGUGUGUUUGAAAAAUUUUGAUGAUAGUAAAGUACAAGAAUUGUUUUUAUGGCUUACACAUUUCAUUGAUGUCAUAGAAGAUUAUAAUGAACAACUUUAAUUUCUAAUAUAUUAAUAUAUUUUUUUAACUUUCUUAAGUAAUUUUUUGUUGAUAAUAAUUUUUAUUUAUUAAUAUUGUAAGAAGUAAGAAGACUGAAUGUUACAAUAUCAGCUUUAAGUUUUAUUGAUCCCAAUUUGUAUUUAAGAAUACUUUUUCAUAAAAUUGAUAUUUUUGUGUAAGUUAACGAAUUUUAGCAUACUUAAACUUUUUAUGUU